AUGCUUAUAAACGGAAUUAGGAACCAUCUAUUUGUUCCUCCGUUAAACCCAAUAAUCAAGCAAACGACUUCGGAUGAAAGAGAACUAAGGCCUGCUAAUAAGAUUAAACCUGAGAACCGCCAUGUUGCUUGGAACUCCUGGAAUUGGGAUGCAAUUCGGCGUCACCAGAUUGUGCUGGGUGCUCUAUGGAGUACCGCCGCGACAUCGCCUACAAUCCCGGGAGAAGAACAUCUAGUGCAGCGGAAAAGGAUCAUUUUCGGGAACAUGAAGCUAGCUGAUAGUACACAGCGAACUGAUGGCAUACCUUUCACUAAACCUGGGGUUCCGUUUACCUUCAAAGAUCCGGCAAAUAAGAGAGAUGAAGGGCGGCUAUUUGUGUUUACAAGUGAUGGGAAACUUCUUGAAAUAGAAGAAAUGAAAGUUGAAGGUGACAGGAUGGCUCCUGCAUACCGAGCUGCAUUAAAGGCUAAACUGGUUGACCCGGUAGCAGCAAGGACUUCAAUGCACAGCGAUUUCCACGGUCCGCUUCUAUAA